UUGAGAAAUUUGGACUCGAAAGUAUUCGCAAUUCUGUCAUCUUGUCUCACAACGAAGAAUACGUUGCAGCCAACGCAACGCUUAACCUAUCCGACAGGGACGAAAUUGCAGUUAUUCCCCCGCUCAGUGGAGGAUAAGAUGAAUGACUCAAAAGACAUCAUUAAGCUGCAGUCGGAACAGCUGAAUAUAGGAGAUAUAGUAAAUCUGGUAGUUGCGGCGAAUUGUGGAGCGAUAUCCACCUUCAUUGGUACAACUCGGGACAAUUUUGAAGGCAAAAAGGUCGUCAAGUUGGAGUACGAAGCAUACGAGCCAAUGGCGUUGAAAGAAUUGGGGAAUGUAUGCUCAAAGAUACGCUCUCAAUGGGAUGUGGAACGCAUAGCAAUUUACCACCGUUUAGGGGUCGUGCCUGUGACUGAGGCCAGCGUUGUUAUAGCUAUUUCCUCGUCUCACAGACAAGAAAGUCUUCAAGCCACGCAGUUUGCAAUUGAGAUAUUGAAAAAGACUGUGCCUAUUUGGAAGAAGGAAAUUUAUGAUAACCACGAGUCACAAUGGAAAGAAAACAAAGAAUGCUCUUGGUCCACUAGUCGAGAUGAAACUUCACUAGCAUAUGCAAACGUUGCGAGUGCUAACGAUUUGCUGUUGCCAAACAAUCACAAAAUCUUCCCGAGUGAUGCAAAUCAAGAUGAAAAUGAAAACAGAAUCACAGGGAAGAGAGAAUCAUUUGAUGAACCAGUUAAUUCAAAUCUUGUACAAAUCCGUGUUAGUACUGAGGAGCUGAAUCGUAGGAUAAACGCAUUCAUUGCAAGAAAACGAGAGCAAGUCAAUAUUGUCAAUGUACAAGAGUUCUGCAGUCACAGGGCAAGAGUUGACGAAGAAAGGGCAAACUCCUGUGCGCGAGUCGAUGCAAUCUUAAUUCGACGCAAAGAUUCCAAAAGCCAUGUCAAAGUUCACAGGGUGCUCAAUCCGUGGGGACCACAAGUGACUGAUCCAUCAACCUUGCAAAAAACUGCAAGAAAUCAUUCAAACCAAAGUUCUCCUACUUCUUAUCUACCUGCGCUGGAGGAAAGAUUGGCGACGAGUGAAAAUCACAUUGGUGUCAAAGGACCUGUUCCGAAGGAUGUUUAUCAAAGACUAAAAAGGAUCGAGGAUAGAAUAUUAUAUUUAGAAAGCUUGUCACCAGAGUACAAACAAUUUUGGCAAGGGCAGGAGGAUAGAAGUUUCAAAAGCAGUUAUCAACCUGUGAGAAAAAGAACAUUCUCGACAGCGGAAUUGGACACGAAACUGCAUGAGCUGGAGAGCAAAUAUACCAAAAUAGUUAAUUAAGUGUAAAUAUAAACUGAAAUAUUCUAUUUUAUAUUAUAGUUUAUUUUACCAUUUGAUGAUUAAGUAUUUGAUAUGAUAAUGAGUAAGG